GUGGGGGGGAGGGAAGGGGGGAGGAAAAAAAAAAUCAGGGUUUCUACCAACAACCAACCAAGAAGGAUUUUAUUUAUUUUUUUCCCAUCCGAAAGUGACAUCGGUGUGUGGAUCUUUGUGUCCCAGCCUGCCCUCGUCUGCAACAUAUUUUCUGCUGGCUGUUUGCCUCUUCCCACAGCCUUUCCGAAAAUAAAGGGACGUGUUUUAUUCAAGGGCUGAAGAAGCUCAGUAAUUCCUCUACCUAGAAGGAUCCCUUUUAUCCACAGAUUUUGUCGAAUCCUCAGCCAAAGGGUGAAGCCCGUGUUUCUUUUUUGCCCUGAAGCUUGGAGGAAGCAAGUUCUCGAACUGAAGCAGCGGCGAAGGUCUAUCGACUUCUGCGAAAAAGAUUUUCCUUGCUCUCUCUCCAGGAAAUCGAGUGUAAGUGCUGGACUUCCUACAACCGGCUCGCUAAAAGUUCACCGACUUUGGAGACCUUGCAUUCCUAAAAGAUUAAAGGAUCCAUGAGCCUACUGGAUAACUCUUGAGUAGCUUAGAUUUUUUUUGUGUGUAGCUGGAUCGAGUCCCUGGAUUUGAUCGUUGGGCCUUGCCCGUCGUUGACAUUCCAGAUCUAGUUCUCUUUGAGGUCUAUGGUUCUCCCUGCCAAAGUUUUCCUUCUCUUCAGCUGCACCCUCACCUGCGUUUAGAAUUUAUUACCAAGAAAGCGGACAGGGGGUGCUGAGUUCUCAGGGCGGUCAAGAUGUUUAGCUGGAUGAAAAAGAACGAGAAGAAGACCCCGGAGGUCAUCCGUACGGUGACCGAAGGUUUGAAGGACCUCUACAAGAGGAAGCUCCUUCCCGUGGAAGAGUUUUAUCGCUUCCACGAUUUUCACUCGCCGGCUCUGGAAGAGGCCGACUUUGACAACAAGCCCAUGGUGUUGGUGGUAGGCCAGUACUCGACUGGCAAAACCACCUUCAUUAAAUACUUGCUGGAGCAAGAUAUCCCCGGGAGUCGAAUCGGUCCCGAACCCACCACAGAUUCUUUCAUUGCUGUCAUGCAUGGUGAAACGGAGGGGAUCAUCCCGGGCAACGCGCUGAUUGUCGACCCCAAGAAGCCCUUCCGAAAACUCAACCCGUUUGGAAACACCUUUCUCAACCGGUUUAUGUGUGCUCACUUGCCCAACCAGGUUCUUGAGAGCAUCAGCCUCAUCGACACGCCGGGCAUCCUAUCAGGGGCUAAGCAGCGGGUCAGCCGAGGUUAUGACUUCCCGGCCGUGCUCCAGUGGUUUGCCGAGCGCGUGGACCUCAUCAUCCUGCUCUUUGACGCCCACAAGCUGGAGAUCUCCGACGAGUUCUCCGAGGCCAUCCGGGCCCUCAAGGGCAACGAGGACAAGAUCCGGGUGGUCCUGAACAAGGCCGACAUGGUGGAGACACAGCAGCUGAUGAGGGUCUACGGCGCCCUGAUGUGGUCGCUGGGCAAAGUAUUCAACACCCCCGAAGUGCUGCGUGUCUACAUUGGGUCCUUCUGGUCGGAGCCCCUGAUGAUCUCUGACAACCGAAGGCUCUUUGAGCUGGAGGAGCAGGACUUGUUCACGGACAUCCAGAACCUGCCCCGGAAUUCUGCCCUGAGGAAGCUCAAUGACCUGGUCAAGAGAGCCCGAUUGGUCAGGGUCCAUGCCCACAUCAUCAGCCACCUGAAGAGAGAGAUGCCGUCCGUCUUUGGCAAGGACAACAAGAAGAAACAGUUGAUCAACAAGCUGCCCGUCAUCUUUGCCAAGAUCCAGCUGGAGCAUCAUAUUUCACCGGGCGACUUCCCCGACUGCGACAAAAUGCAGGAGAUGUUGAUGGUCCACGACUUCACCAAGUUCCAUGGGCUGAAGCCCCGCAUGGUGGAUGCCCUGGAUGAGUUGCUGACCCUCGACAUCGCCAAGCUGAUGCCCCUCUUGCGCCAGGAGGAGGUUGAGGUCCCCGAGCAGAUCGUCCAGGGGGGAGCCUUCGACGGCACUCGCAACGGCCCCUUCGUCGAGGGGGCCACCGAAGGCGCCUACGAAGGCAUGGACGACGACGAGUGGAUCGUGACCAAAGACAAGCCCAAGUAUGACGAGAUCUUCUACAACCUCUCUCCCAUGGAUGGCAAGCUAAGCGGCACCAAAGCCAAGAAUUGGAUGGUCACCACCAAGUUGCCCAAUUCGGUUCUCGGGAAGAUUUGGAAGCUGAGCGACGUCGACCGGGAUGGUAUGUUGGAUGACGAGGAGUUCGCUCUGGCCAGCCACCUCAUUGAGGUCAAACUCGAAGGUCACGGCCUACCCUCUGACCUGCCCCGCCAUCUUGUUCCCCCUUCCAAGCGUCGGCAGAAGGGCUCGGCUGAGUAAACGGCUUGGUCCCCCUCCUCAUCCUAACACCAGGCAUGAACGACUUCAGGAGGUGCUGGGCCUUCUCCAAUUUUCCUUGAAGCAAACUUCCAGGCUUGGAUUCCUUACGAAGGCCUCACCUAGCCGCCGAGCACAGCAUAAGAUAUCUGCUUUCUGCUCUUCUCUUCAAGCCAAGCUUCCAGCUCAAGCAUUUCCGUCCCUUCUGGACUUUUAAGCGACUCUUGUCCACCUCAAAAAAGCCUCAUUUCCCUCAUACAGAAUUAAGCCAGUUGGUCUCACAGCGUCUGGGACCCCAAGUAUCUCUAGUGUUAAGACUUCUCCCAAUGUCUGUCUUCCUGGAAACCAAACUCAACUUCAUUGGCUUUCUGAACUAGCCUACAAAUAUUGCUUCCUCCAUGCCUAGUUUCAGCUGUUCCUUUAGGCCUCGGUCUAGCCCACAUCGGACCCAUCUUAGGUUUUACUUCUCUUGGUAGUCCAUGGCCAGAUCUGCUAUCAACCUCAGCUUCAGAAGAUGGUCUGAACCUUCCAGCUUUCUUUAUCUUUGGUUUCCCUAGAAAUGGUCAACAUCUUCCUCCUGUUCCAUCUGGCCUUUGGCCACCAAGGAAGGAAGGAAGGAAGGAAGGAAGGAAGGAAGGAAGGAAGGAAGGAAGGAAGGAAGGAAGGAAGGAAGGAAGGAAGGAAGGAAAGAUAAACAGGGGAGCAGAGAUAGGUGGCUGGAAGCAGUCCAUCCAGAACCACGAACAAUGUUGAUCCCAAAAGCCAUGGUUGGAGGUGGCAUCUGAAAGGAUCAUAGAUCAGUCAUCGAGAUGUUUCCCUUCGGAAGCAGAGAUAAGAGAUGGAUAUGAGAUCCUUCUGGCUUAAGGCAGGGAUGUUCCAUACUCUCCACUCUUUCUUCUGGGAUGGAAUCGGUAGACCAGACUAAUUCUAGAAGACCUUUCUCAAAGCAAGACCAGGCGGUGAGAAGUCAUACCACGAGAGGACCCCAGGGAGAUUAAGCCAGAACCGGGCCUAGUAGUAGAGAAAUUCACACACCAGGUCUGUGAAGGUUUCCACUUUGGUGGAGGCCUAUAGCAGCAGUUGUUGGUGAACUUGCCUUCUCUGUCGGUCACUUGCAACAGUUAGUUUGCACAACUACAGUGGUUUCCUUCCCAGCCUUAAAAAUGCGGCUGUGUUCCAGCAUUCCCGGGAUGGGACAAGAGAGUCUUAUUCUGGAGAUCAAGUGAUCUUUCCCAUAUUUUUCUCCCCCUUGGGAAGUGGCCAAGGAGAAGACAACAUGGCCCUUGGAAUCAGUAGUGGGUUUGACUUAGCUUAUCUACCGAUUCGGAACUGUGAGCGCGCACGGCGCUUUGGCGCCUGAACAGAACCUUCUGCGCAUGCGCAGAGCAUCCGUGAUGACGUCUGGGUGGACGGAGUGGGCGGAGCCUCCCGCCGCUACCGGUUCUCCCGAACCGGUGCGAACCGGUAGAAACCCACCAUUGCACGGAAUGCAAGAGAAUCCUUCAAAGCUGUAGGGAAUAAGCUCAUUGCUGUGGUUGAGUUGAGCUGAAGAAAGGCCCGUCUUAAAAAAUCAGCGGUAGCUUUCAAAGAGAGAAGAAAAGCCACAGGAAAACGAGAGGAAGUUAGGCAGGAAGAAAACUAGAACCGGGGCCUUUGUUAGAGGGAAAAGCAGGAAGGGCAGGUUUCCCAGGAAUUUGGUACCGGGAUCUCCAUCCAGUGUGGAAGCCAUAAGGUGAAGUCAGAAUUUCAUUUGCUUGAGACAUCAGCGGCAGAGAGAUUCUGGCAUUGGCUAGCCCCGGGUUGGCAAGGUUGGAGACCCCUGGGCUAGAGGCCAAUAUUUGAGGCUAGGAAAACUGCAAGCUCCCUGUGUCAUAAGAGAACAGCUGCCUCUCAACCACAUACCAGGGCACCUAGAAGUAAAUGCAAAUAACGUGCAGAUAUAUAUAUAUAUAUAUUUAACGCCAUAGCAGUGGGAAGCUUGAGUGGUGCGGUGGCCUAGAGGCGGAGCUCUCGCCUCACAAAUCAGGAGGCUGCGAGUUCAAUCCUAGGUGGAGGCAAAUAUUUCUCUCUCUGAGUUUUCACACUGAGAAUAUGUCCGCUGAACAAAACUCCGCAUUGGUGACAGGAAGGGCAUCCGGCCAAUAAAACACUCAGCUAGCUCCAUUCAGUUGCUCAGACUCUGCCCCGCAAGGGAUGAUGUGGAAGGGGGCAUUAAAAGAAGACGAGGAUAGCAAUGGGAAGCUUGAAUAAUGCGAACCGGAACGUUGUGCUACGUUUGCAUCCCUGCUCUUGAUCUCACGUUCAAGCUGGACUUCCCGUCCAAAGGCCAGAGUGGCUUUUAACAAUUCAAAGCCCAAACCAGGACAUCCGGGUUUUUUGCAAGAAUAAUGUCGUUCUCGCUCAUCAAGAAAAGCACGAACCCCUUCUGAAGGACCACGGGAGGUCUGGAAAGGAGCUAUCCUUUGGUGCUUGACCCAAGUGGAGAGCUCCAUUUGGUGUUGAGGAUAACUCUCCAUCUCGACCUCCUGCAAUCUCUAUAGCAGGGGUCUCCAACCUUGGCAACUUUAAGACUUGUGGACUUCAACUCCCAGAAUUCCUUAGCCAGCAAAGCUAAGCAAAGCAAAGCUGGCUGGGGAAUUCUGGGAGUUGAAGUCCGCCAGGCUUAAAGUUGCCAAGGUUGGAGACCCCUGCUCUACAAAACCAUUUUUGGGGACGACUCCCGGGGGAGUGAACAUGCCAUCCUGGGCGCUGCCGAGUUGCUUCUUCUGAUCUGGGUGAGGACUGUACCAGACUAGGACAUCUAUAUUAAUACUGGCUUCACUCAGAGAAUCCUGGGAAUUCUCUUUUGGGAAAAGGACAUCUCAAGAAAAAAUGCAUCCAAUAGUCCCCGAAGAGCUGUGGAGCAAAUUAACAAGCCAAUGCAUUUUUGGUGCCUCUUUCUGAAGGUGAUGGCCACAUCUUGCAAUUCUUUGAAGGACCAUGCAUUUUGAGGCAUCCCAUCUGGGUUAUCUACCACGUGGUAUAGACCGAAGAACCUUAAAUCGUGAAUGGAUUCCACAUUAGACUCUUGGGGGGGGGAAAUAUGUGGGAUUUUUAACGGCCGCUGGCUUUAGACUCACCUCUGAUACUGAGAGAUGGACCGAUGAGCUCAAUAUUGUUUGCGGGGCCCUUUAAAAUCACCCGUUGAGCCAUUGGGAUAUUCGGCAAGGCCAGUGGUGGGAUUCAGCCGGUUCGCACCAUUUCGGGAGAACCGGUUGUUAACUUUCUGAGCAGUUUGGUGAACUGGUUGUUGGAAGAAAUCACGAGGGCAGAGAACUGGUUGUUAAAUUAUUUGAAUUCCACCACUGGGCAAGGCGUACAAUUAACCUAUUUAGAAUUAGGACUGAAUAGAGAGAAAUAUUACCCAACACAAGGUUUCUAUUUUUUUUAAAAAAAAACAAGGCUAAUGGGGGGAGGGGAAUCCAUAGAUACCCAGAGGCUAAAGGAUGCAGGAACAAGAUUUAGAGGAAGAUCAAUUCAGAUUUCAGCUACCAGUUCAAAAUGCUAAAUCUUUUCAGCCUCCAGAUUUUAAUGCCAUAUAUUUGUAGGCAUUUUCUUCACUGCGCAUAGCUUUUUUUUUUUUUUUGCUGUUCUGAACAAGGGGAUUUUUAAAAAAAGUAAAAAGGCACGCUGGAAGUGAGCGGAAACUUUCCAACCGUUUCUCUCCCGUAUUGAGGUCUAGCCCCUUGCUUUAAGAGAAGUAAAAAUAAAGAUGCAACACGCAAGCUUAAUAUUAACAGCACACAAUCAAGCCCACAUUAGCUUUACUAAGCACACUAGCAGAACAAGGUUUAAUUCCGCUUCCAGCUGCCGUGAAGAUCAGGAAGGGUCCAAACCUCCUUUUAUUCCAUCCAUACUUGUUUUGUUUUUUUAAAACUUCUUUUUCCCCCCUGUAGUUAAAAUCUCACAUUUGAUCCGCUUCCUUUCCACCAUUCCACCCCUCCAUUUUUAUCACAAUGUAUUGCUACAGCAAAAAUGGCAUGCAUGUUAUUAUGAUGAUUAUUAUUAUUAUUUUGUUAUGUGUAACACACAUUUUUGCUCUUAAUCUCUCCUGUCUCAGGGAUGACUUGAGGCUAUUGGGGAGAAUUUGGGGGACAUUUCUUCCGUGAGCGGAACAAAAAAAAAAAAAAAGACAAGGAAUAAAAAACAGAACCUGGGUGGGAGAUUCAGGUGGAGGCAUCUCUCAAUUUUAUUUUAUUUUUAUUCCUGUAAACACCCUUAAAUCUACUGCACAGGCCUGGCUCCCAUCCGAUAAGCAGGGAUGGUUCCUAUUUUCUGCACCGCCAGAGAAAAUUCAGCCUCUUGAAGCCAAGACACCCCCCCUCCCCCAAGCGUGCAACCAGAACAACGAUGAAAAUUUAAAACAUAAAUACAAGUACAAGCAGUCCUUGUCUUACGACGGUUCAUUUAGCGGACCGUUCAAAGCUAUAACGGCACUGAAAAAAUGCGUUUUCACACUGAACGGCCUUUGCAGCAUCUCCAUGAUGACCUAAAUAAAAUUUGGAUGCUUGGCAGCAACUGACUCGUAUUUACGACGGUUGCAGUCAGAGGUGGGAUUCACAUACUGUCGCCAUCAGUAUUCGCCCAGCGAAAACAUCCGUGCAUCCGUGCGACGUUAAACAACGCAGUAAUUCGCGUGCACGCGCCACCCGCACUUGCGUGCAGCAUCAAAAACACAGGGAUAUAGGAUGGGAUUACGCCCUGGGCGGGUGGGCGGGGUCAGGCCCACUCACAGGUUGCCACUACCAGUUUGCCCGAACCUGUUUGAACCGUCUGAAUCCCAACUCCGGUCGCAGUGUCUCUGCGUCACACGAUCCCCUUUUGCGACCUUCUGACCAGCCAAGUCCACUUAACAACCGGGUUACUCACUUAUCAACGGUGGUGAUUCACUGAGCAACUGCGGCAAGAAAGGUCAUUCAAAUGGGGCAGAAACCCACUUCGCAGAUAUCUGACUUCACAACGGAACUUCCAGGCUCAGUUGUGGUCCUAAGUAGAGGACUGCCUGUAGCCCUCCACGGACAACCAGAGUUGGGAAGCAGAAUUUCCACGGCUGGGCAAGGCGGUUGUUGAGCGAGCCAUGCCUCAUUUUGCGACCUUUUCCCUACAAUUAUUAUGCAUUUGCUCAGUGAAUUGGGUACUCGUUAAGCGAAUCUGGCCAUCGAUCGUGCUCGUCGGAAUCCAGCUGGGGAGGUCCUGGAACUCUACAACUAUCCUAAAUAGUGGUUGCCAAGCCCCCCCAAGUUUUAUCACGUGGCUGUGGAGAUACGGCAAUGGUCAUAAGUCCGAGGACUGAUCCUAGGUCACUUUUUUUCCGGCCUGUUGUAACUUGGAAUGGCCUCCAAACAAACGGUUAUAAGUUUUCUUUCUUCGUGGUUGUUCUUUAGCUUGGCUGGGUCCUUCUGCUCCCUCCAAAAGGCCCAGGUUUCCUAUUCCACACCUGCAGAGCGCACCUUUCUCAUUUCUAAAGAGGUGGGAGGGGGCGAGAUCCACACCCCCUUCAGAGUUGACCCGCUCAUUGGGGUGCUGAAGGAGGAAAGGGCAGCAGUUCCCCUCCGGGUGCUGAGAAAGCUUCACCCCAUCGCUAUGGGGCAGGAAUGGGGAGAGUCAACCUUAGCUUAACAACCUUUGGCUGAGAGUCCGAAAAACAGCCAGGGCCUCGAGAGCAGUUCCCACAAUGUGGUUCUUUUUAUUGUAACAAUCCUUCCGUUGGAAUAAAUAUCGUAUUUACCAAUCUGAA